AUGUGGUUUUUUGCCAUCUUCGAAGGUCCACCGGGCCAAGCACCCGGGGCUCCACCCGGUUAUGUACCGCAUCCAAGUGAUCCGAGUGCUGCUUAUUAUUAUGCGCAUCAAAUGGAUCCAUCAUCGAUGCAGGCAAGACCACCGCAUGCCUGGCCUCCGCAGGGCUACCCGCCUGGUCCAGCGGUUGGUGCCGCACCUCCUGGCUAUCCACCUCCGCCUGCGAUGCGUUCCGGUGCGCCUAUGAGGGCACCUUUACCUCAACAAAUGGGGCCUUCAUUAGAAGAACAGCAAAGGUACGAGCAACAACAACGACAGCACUAUUACCAACAACAGCAACAAGCUGCUUAUGCUGCACAGCAACAACAGCAGCAGCAGCAACAACAACAACAACAACAACAACAANCUUGCCGCCUUCCGCUACCUCCUUGCAGGUCAGAUAUUACUGAUCAUUUCGUGUGUAAUUUGAAUGUUCCGAGUUCCAAUUAUCGUGAUUAUAUCAUCGAUUUUGUUUAA